ACUUCCCGAUAUGUUGGCUUGAUCACCUUAUUGUUCAUGGAUAAAUCUGGUGCUAUGUUCCCUUCUGUUUGCCUCAGAUUGGAGCUAUUAACAGAAUGUACGACCACAUUAACCCCCACAGCUGUUUCUAUGACAACUGGUUCACCUUUCAUCCCUUCAUCAGUUGCCAUAACAACAACCACAGACACAACAACCAAUUAUGUUGAUAUGACAACUACUACAGAAUUGCCAACAACAAGCCCCGCUACCACAGCAACACCAGACAUGACAGAAACCCAUAGUGAGAUUAGCACAGGUUCUUCAACAGAGAAGUCACUUGGCACAACUGUACCAAGUGAGAUAACAAUUCACACAUCAACUGAUACAACAGACACCACUGAGCCAGAUGAAGGAUUGAUUAACACAUCAACUGAUACAAUGGUCACAAAUGAAGAAGUGUUCGUUUGUGACAACAGGAGAACUCUUGAAUGUACAACAGACUUGCAGGACAGGUCAAAUAUGUCUGCAAUGUGCAAGUUGGUAUUGUUAAACAACAUGGCAAAUAUCACAGAUUGUGUCAACGAUCGUAUUUCAACCUGCCCUCCUGAGGAACAAACCAGACUUGAAGCUCAUGUAUUACAACAAACAAAUAACUUGACAACUGAGUGCAAUAGUACUUGUCCACACUACAUACACAAAGCAGAGACUUUUCCGCAGUGUUAUAUGAAUAUAAUUGAAAAACUGGACAAGUUCAACGACAAUGACGAAAAGUUGGUACAGUUUUGCAGGGAGUAUACUUUAAUGAAGAUUUGUGCUGAUGCCAAGUUAUUCAACUGUCCUCUUUUACAAGAAGACCAUGAUAGAUAUGUCAAACCUGUCAAAGAUAUAUUAGGGCCAACAUGUAAAGGUUCAACAUUAUACCCAGCACUACUUGAGUGGUCAUUGUUGCUCAUAAUACAAGUUACCAUGACAACAGUUCAGACAUCAACACCUAUCAUCUAAUAAAGUAUACAUUGAUGUGAAGAGAGGCAGAGAUCAACAGGAUUUAAAGAUUGAACACCAUUCAACUCAUGAGACAAGAAAGUUAUUCCUACUCUCGUAUUCAUAUAAAUAGACUGCAAUGGCUGGACAGACAAUCUGCACAGAUGUUAGUUACAUCUGUAUAGAAAUCAUAGGACAUAUC